AUGGAGGAGUUUAUUAAAACCCAGCUAGAGCUCCUGAAGGAGGAGAGAGAAGCUGAAAUUGAAGAGACCAGGACCUGGCAGGAAAAUAUCUCUUUAAAGGAAUUACAGAGGAAGGGAGUCUGCCUGCUGAAGCUGCAGGUAGCAAACCAAAAAACAGGGCUUUACGGGCGCCUUCUGGUAACCUUCACACCCAGAAAGUAUGACUCUGUUGCAGUGCUGCCGAGUAACUGCUUCGGAUCAGGUGACAUUGUGGGUGUUUAUGAAUCCAGCAGUCCGAGUGAGCCUCUUGCUACCGGUAUUGUGUCUGGUGUCACACAAAAAGUUAUCAGUGUCGCCUUUGAUGAAAGUCAUAGCGAUGCUUUAAAUCUGAGUGGUGAUAAUACAUAUAGGCUUCUGAAGCUGGCAAACGAUGUUACUUAUAAAAGGAUAAAAAAGGCCUUGAUUACACUGAAUCAGUACCACACUGGACCUGCAACUCACAUGAUUGAUGUCCUUUUUGGAUCAUCUGAACCAAGCAGUGCUGGGUUGGCAAGGCCAGUGGAAUUUCUCAAUCCGUCUUUGGAUGAUUCACAGAAGGAUGCUGUUGUUUUUUCCUUAAACCAGAGAGAAGUUGCAAUUAUUCACGGCCCCCCCUGGCACCGGUAAGACAACAGCGGUGGUGGAAAUUAUCCUACAAGCUGUGAAGCAAGGACUAAAGGUCCUUUGCUGUGCACCUUCCAAUGUAGCUGUGGACAAUCUAGUGGAGCGCUUGGCUGCUUAUAAAGAGCGAAUAUUACGUUUGGGGCACCCUGCACGUCUGUUGGAAUCCUUACAGCAUCACUCUCUGGACGCUGUGUUGGCACAUAGUGAUAAUGCGCAGAUUGUUGCUGACAUCCGCAAAGAUAUUGACCUGAUGUUUGCAAAAAUGAGAAAACUGCCACGCAAGGAAGAAAAGGGCAGCUUCAGAACAGAAAUCAAAGCUCUUAGGAAAGAACUGAAAGACCGCGAGGAGGCAGCAAUGAUUGAAACGUUGAAAGCUGCUAAUGUUAUCCUCAGCACAAUGACAGGUGCUUCCCUGGAUGGGCCGUUGAAACUGCUUCCUGAUAAUUACUUUGACCUGGUGGUGAUUGAUGAGUGCACUCAGGCGUUAGAGGCCAGCUGCUGGAUCGCUCUACUGCAGGCGAGAAAGUGUAUCUUGGCCGGAGAUCACAAACAGCUACCACCCACCAUCAUAUCUCACAAGGCUGCAUCAAAGGGCCUUUCCCUCAGCUUGAUGGAGCGGCUAAUAGAGAAGUAUGGGGAUAGACUGGUGAAAAUGCUGACAGUGCAGUAUCGUAUGAAUGACUCUAUAAUGCAGUGGGCUUCACAAGCACUGUAUGGAGGCAAGCUGACUGCACUCUUCUGUUGUACACCAUUUGCUCAAAGAUUUGCCUGGGGUGGCAUUAACUGAAGAGACCAGUAUACCGUUACUGCUUAUAGACACGGCACACUGCGGGCUGUUUGAGAUGGAUGUUGAAGAUGAGCAGUCAAAAGGGAAUCCAGGUGAGGUGCGGCUGGUGGAGUCACACAUUCAGACACUGACUAGUGCUGGUUUGAAGUCUCGGAAUAUUGCUGUUAUAACGCCCUACAACCUGCAGGUGGAUUUGCUACGCCAGUGUCUACAGCACAGAUAUCCUGAUCUUGAAAUUAAGUCUGUGGAUGGUUUUCAAGGAAGAGAGAAGGAAGCUGUUAUUUUGUCCUUUGUGAGAUCCAAUUCUAAAGGUGAGUUGGGCUUUUUGGCUGAAGAGCGAAGAAUCAACGUAGCAGUAACCCGUGCUCGUCGCCAUGUUGCUGUUAUUUGUGAUUCCCAUACAAUCAGCAACAACAAAUUUCUCAAAGACCUCAUGACUUACUUUAACGAGCAUGGGGAGGUCCGAACUGCUUUUGAGUAUCUUGAUGACAUCAUCCCCGAGAAAUAUUUUCAUGAGAAUGAAGGUUGUAAACCAGAAACCACUGCUAAGAAAGACAGCAAAACAAAGUCAAAGAAAUCAGGAAAUUCGACCUUGAGCAGCCGUAAGCCCAGCACUACAACGGAGUCUCAGGCAAAGGAGAAGAGCGAAACAAAGCAAGCUAACUCUGUUAGGUACUUCCCGCAAUCUAAGCACUUAGGUGACCAAACAGAAAGUUCAGCCAAGGAAAAACUACAGGAAGAGAUUGAGGACUUUAUAGCAGACCAUGAUAAAACCCAGUUAAUGUUCCCUUCAACACUCACAUCGCAUGACCGAUUACUGGUUCACCAGAUAGCGGAGAAAAAUGGACUACAACAUGUAAGCACGGGAGACGGCAGAAAUAGAUGUAUUACGCUUUCCAAGCACAAAGUCAUUUCAGCCGAUGCUGUAUCACAGAAAAUAGAUGAUUCUGUUGCACAGAAACCUUUUCAGUCACAGACAUCAGAAAAAGAAACAAAGGAAAAAGAAAUUGGCUACAAAGCUACUCCCAAUAACCUUGAUUUGAAGCGCUUACAUGUGGAGCGAAUGCAGAGAGAGAAAGAUAAACUUGAAAAAACAAAGAAGGAAGCUGCAGUGCCAAAAGUUGCUGAAAGGAAGACCUCCGAUGUGAAACGUAAAGGCGGAAAUAAACCUGAGCCAGAGAGCUCAGACAUGGACAGCUUUGAUGCUCUGCUAGCUGAGGCAGUGAAAGCAGACAAUACUUGUGGAUUUGGAAAAUGUAAAGCCAGUGUGGUAACAGUAGGGGAUUUCUGCAUACACUGCAAUAAACGCUUCUGCCUCAGUCACCAUAUUCCAGAGGUCCAUGGUUGUGGUGAAAGAGCCAAAGCACGAGCCCGGACAAGAAUUAGUCGAGAAGGAGUGAUCUAUGCAGGAAGCGGGCACAAAGACCACUCCCUAGACCCUACAAAGAAAGCUCACUUGCAAAGAAAACUAGAUAAAAAACUUAAUGAAUUGUCAUGUCAGAGAAAAGUUAAGAAGGAAAAAUAA